AAAUCAUGGCCACCCAGUUGAGAACCAUCGCUCCUGUGGUGGGCAGGACCGCUGCACAGUGUCUGGAGAGAUAUGAGUUUCUACUGAACAUCACAAGUCCCAGCUGCGCCGCGGGCUCCAGGGUCUGCCCACGCCCAAGAACGACUUUGAGAUCGUGAUGCCCGAGGAGAUGCCGCAGGACAUGGGGACGGAGGUGGAACCGCACGCCAACCUCCGGCCUGACCAGUCUGACAUCGACAUGGCUGAACAGGCCAGGGUCAACGCAGAGAGGGAGCGAGAGCUGAAACGGCGCCAUCACGCUGUCCAGCGAGACCUGCCACGCCCCGCAGAACCCAACUCUUCCAUCCUCCGUCCCUUCGUUAUGGACCCACCGCUCACAGAACUACAGCUGGCUGAAGAGUUGAUAAAGAGAGAGAUGGUGACCAUGUUACACCAUGAUGCCAUCUACAACCCUUCAGAAGAACAGGCUGCCGCGGCUGCAGGAGACAAGAAGAAAGGCGCCCAGUCAGCCGGCAACAAGAUGGCAGAACAAUCGCCUACCUGGAGGAAUAUCCGUACACCAAAAUAGACGAGGACAGUCUGAAUUUGUCCCGAGCGACAGGCCUGUAUAAACAGCUACAGGAGACCAGACAGAACAGACAUACAUGUUUGUUGUUUACUGUUUACUGUUUAUGUGUUGUUCCCUACAGUCCCGAGCGACAGGCCUGUAUAAACAGCUACAGGAGAUGCACGACCAGACAGAACAGACGUACAUGUUUGUUGUUUACUGUUUGUGUGUUGUUCCCUACAGUCCCGAGCGACAGGCCUGUAUAAACAGCUACAGGAGACCAGACAGAACAGACAUACAUGUUUGUUGUUUACUGUUUGUGUGUUGUUUUCUACAGUCCCGAGCGACAGGCCUGUAUAAACAGCUACAGGAGACCAGACAGAACAGACAUACAUGUUUGUUGUUUACUGUUUACUGUUUAUGUGUUGUUCCCUACAGUCCCGAGCGACAGGCCUGUAUAAACAGCUACAGGAGAUGCACGACCAGACAGAACAGACGUACAUGUUUGUUGUUUACUGUUUGUGUGUUGUUCCCUACAGUCCCGAGCGACAGGCCUGUAUAAACAGCUACAGGAGAUGCACGACCAGACAGAACAGACGUACAUGUUUGUUGUUUACUGUUUGUGUGUUGUUUUCUACAGUCCCGAGCGACAGGCCUGUAUAAACAGCUACAGGAGACCAGACAGAACAGACAUACAUGUUUGUUGUUUACUGUUUACUGUUUAUGUGUUGUUCCCUACAGUCCCGAGCGACAGGCCUGUAUAAACAGCUACAGGAGAUGCACAACCAGACUGAACAGACGUAUGUGGAACUGAAGACAUUUGAAACCCUGAAACAGAACGAAGAUGUCGCCAUUCCCAGGAGAAUUGAGUCACUGAAGGAGGACGUGAAACGUCAGACAGACCGUGAACACGAGCUGCAGAAACACUACGCUGACCUGAUCGUGGAGCGAGACAUGCUGGUCAGCAGACUACCUGGGAAGGGCAGCAACUGAACAGCUGGACUACAUAAGUCACAUCAGGCCACAAGAAGUCACAUUAUGGCCACAAGUAGUCACGUAUUGCCAUAAUAAAUUUAGCCACUUAGAGCCACAAUAAGUCAUAUAUGUAUAUGGCCACAACAAGUCACAUCAGGUCACAAUAAGUCACAUAAGCUGGGAGCAAGUCCACAUGCAAAAAAUUCUCAAUUUUUUUUCUGGUUAGAAAGGAUGUACAUGGACAAGAUCUUGCCUGUUUUCCACCUUGUCAGCAAAUUUUAAACCACUGCAAAAGUACUUGUUCUGUGUUCUGCCCUCCUACCCCCUUCUUUCAACUGCAAAAUAAAAAUUCCAUUGAAUUUUCAUUUUUCUUCCAACCGUGAGAUAAAGUCCUGCAAACUUAAAGACAUUUACUAUGUUGAUAUGUAGUCAGUCUAAGAUACAAUCCAUAGAAUCAAAUUCUGUCAAACAUGAAAUUUGUCUUUUAUUACAUUGUACUUUAACUCUUGAUUCAAGCAAAAACAAGUACUUCAGAUAUCCUAAGGAUCCUUGAAGACAAAAAUCAUGUAUGUUGUAAAGGUAUGCAACAUAAAUUAUUUCAUGAAGUAAAUUUAACUGUUCAAGCAAUAAUUGUUUUAGUUUUCUUUUCCACGUGAUCAGUUUAUUUAUAACUUUUGUGUACAUGUGACAAUACAUGAAAAUCGUGUUCCACUGUAAGAUCUAUAACUGUGAUUGGCGUAGCUUGAUGAAACAUUUGUAACAUCUGUAUUUACUCAGAACACAAGUUUGAGAACAGACAUGUUGCUAUGGUCAGAAAUUAAACUAGAUAAAAAAUUCAAGUUUUCUGCAGAAUCUACAGUUGAUGUAUUACAGUGAGAUGUCAACAAUAAAAUGAUAUUGCACGUUCUAAGUAUGUGCAGUACGUCUUCUUAUAGCCAACUGUCUUUUCCUUAUAUUACUUGUAUCUGAAAAGUUCUGAUGUUCACCAUCAAUUGCAAGUGUGUCUCUGUCAGGUUUAGCACUAGGGACAUGUGUGGCUGUAUGUAUGACAGGUGCGUCUGUGUGUCUAUCGGGUUUAGCGCCAGGGGCACGUGUGGCUGUAUGUGUGACAGGUGUGGUACUCACCAUCAAUGACAAGUGUGUCUGCGUGUCUAUCUAGUUUAGCACCAGGGACACCUGUAGCUGUAUGUAUGACAGGUGUGGUAGUUACCAUUAAUGGCGCGUGUGUCCGUGUUUUAGAAUAGUGUGUUUGCUUAAAAAUCUGCUGUGAAAUAAAUUUUCUUU